AACUACUCAAAAGUCCUAAUGAAAUACCUAAUAGAUACAAUCUUAAACAAUUUCUUAAAGAACCACCAAAUAUCAAAAUACCACUUACUCCACCCCUUUUUAAUUCAAUUUCUACAAUUGGACCCUUUAGAAUAGAUGAAACUGGACGUGAUAAAUACUUUUACCUUAAUAAUUUCAAAAGUUGUACAUCUUUUUUUGUAAAUCUGUUGUCCAGUAUAAUUAGUCUUCACAAAACUGGUGAAACUGAAGAUUCAUAUCACAGUUUCUGGGAUGAUGUGAUUAAAAAGUCCUUUGAAACAUUUGGUGAAAACUUGAAGUCAAUGGAGUUUGAUCGUAACACCAACAAUAAUAUAUGCUCAGGACAAUGUAGACCUGAUUUUAUCAUGUUAGUGGAAAAUCUUUGUCUUGUUCGUGGUGAGGAAAAGCCAAGAGGUGAUAGAGAAAAACCGGAGAAUGAGUUAAUUGAAAAAUUUGAAACUUGGAACUAUGGUGAUGCCCCUUACAUUUUUGGAUAUCAUGCUAAAGGUGCUCUUGUCACCUUUGCUAUUUUAUAUAAAUCCACCUCCAGAAAUGAUCAGAAUCUAAGAAUAUACAGUGAAAGUCUUAAUGUAUUUGAUUUAAACAAAUUAUCGGAUAGAAUCAAUGCAAUGUUUUACAUUAGAAACAUAUGUCGAUUACUACCAAUGAUAUUGGAUCUAUGUCCAAAAAAAGAUAAUCCCGAGUUUCAAGUGCUAAAUCGAUUAAAUGGGAAUGUAGUAGAACUUGGUUACACAGUUAAGAAAAUUCUCUGCACAGAACAAGAUGCUAAUCACUUAAAAUAUAUUUACAAGUUGUUGAAAGACAAUGAAAUCAGAUGUGUUGAUGAAUUAUUUGCUUCACAUGGUAGAAAUGUUCAUUUGAGACCUCGUGGAGAUGAUAGAAAACCAUCAGAUUUGAAUGAACUGCUAAGAGCAUUAACUUGUAUAUUAACUUGCAUCAAAGAUUUACAUAAUAUAAAACCUCAUCCACUGAUGCAUAGAGACAUCAGAUGGCCAAACAUAAUCCUACAUAAUGAAAUAUAUAUUUUAAUUGACUUUGAAUCUGCUGAAAUUGCACCACAAGAAGCUUUAAAGCAGCUCAAGGAAAAUGAACAUGCACCCGAGGUAUUAAGGGGAAAGCAUGAUGAGAAAGUUGACUUAUGGGGAGUUGGGCAUUUGGUAUUUUCAAGCAAUAUCCGCAACAUUCCAACAGAUCUUUCAAAUCUAGCAUCAAAACUAUGUGAACAUGAUCCAAAUGAACGACCAUCAGCAUCUGAUGCUCUUGAAGAGGUUAAAGAAAUGUUUAAAAAGUGGAACUCUCAUGAUAAAUGGUUGGAGUUUUUUGAAAAUGGUUUUAAAUAA